CUUUAGAAGAUGGUCCAUCUGUGUGGUAGCUCCAUCAGGAAGUCGGAAGUCAAGUCUUUUACGUGACACUGCGCAUGCGCAUUCCUCUCGCGUCUUCGACCUCUGCAGUAAACCACGACAGCAGCCACAGAGCUCCUUUGGUUGACCUGACCACUUCGUCCCUUCGUAAUGUAUGCCUGCGCUAAGUUCGUUUCCACGCCCUCUCUGGUCCGUGCUGGAUCUCGGGCUCUGUACAGACCACUCUCGGCAGCAGUAGUCUCGGAUGCCAGGAAAGCAGAGUUUUAUAUGUUUCAGACUGCUUCACUCCUGGCACCACAGAGCAUUGUAGCCUCCCAGCAGCAGGUGGCGGUGCGGGGAUUCCAGACUAGUGCUGUGAGCCGUGACAUCGACACUGCUGCGAAGUUCAUUGGAGCAGGAGCUGCCACUGUGGGAGUGGCUGGAUCUGGAGCUGGAAUUGGAACGGUGUUUGGUAGCCUUAUCAUUGGAUAUGCCAGGAACCCCUCUCUGAAGCAGCAGCUCUUCUCUUACGCCAUCUUGGGCUUCGCUCUGUCUGAAGCUAUGGGUCUUUUCUGUCUGAUGGUUGCAUUCCUUAUUCUGUUUGCCAUGUAAACCAGUUAAGCAUUUGCUGUAAAGGGAUACAUCACAAUGUUAACAAGAAUUCAGUUUGAGAUGUCUAUGAAUGGCACGAUGAUUUCAGCUUAUUGUCGCUCAUUGGUGUUUCUUCAAAGAUUGUGAUCACUGAUGUAUGAAACUCGGGCAAACCCAAAUCAUUUUAAAUGAUGGUUUUGCCAUUAUAUUGUAUAUUUAAUCAAAUGUUUUUUUGUUAACAAACAUGCAACCAAUAACGGAAGUAAAAUGUUUAAUUCA